GUCGUACGUGCACACAAAGUUCCUGCAUUUCACAUUGUACUACCCUCUAAAGAAACAUGGCAUGAUAUGAUGCGACAAAUAACACAAGUAGAGGUUAAAUACAGGCACAUAAAAAGGUAGCACGAGUGUCGAACAGUAAAAGCACAUUCGUCAAACGUAACGUCAAACAGGAAAACACGCAUUAAGCGUCACGGUUAUCGCUUACUGUAACAGUCACAGGUUUGUGUGUCAGACGGCGGAACGACUCCGUACAUAAUCUCAGGCCAUGGCAGGCUCUGUUCGUCCACAGAUGCUGCAGUUGAAGCAGUACGGUCGACUUUUCUAUGUGCUUAACUCACAGAUUCACACCAGCUGUGGCUUGGCCUCUAAAGACCACUAUAAAGUUCUAGUACUUGGUGGUGGGAGCGGUGGCAUAACGAUGGCCGCACGUAUAAAAAGAAAGGUCGGUGCGGAAAACGUGGCCAUCGUGGAGCCCAGUGAGAUGCACUACUACCAGCCUAUAUGGACGUUAGUUGGUGCAGGGGCUAAAAGUGUCGCUUCCUCCGGACGACCGACAGCUAGCGUGAUACCCUCAGGUGUAAAGUGGGUCAAGUCCAAAGUGGCCGAGUUUGAUCCUGAGAACAACACCGUCCGGACAGACUCUGGAAAAAAGAUUUCCUAUGACUAUCUGAUUGUAGCUCUUGGUCUUGAGCUUCACUAUGAGAAGAUCAAAGGUCUGCCGGAAGCUUUUAAGCAUCCCAAAAUCGGUUCGAACUACUCACUUCAAACAGUGGAAAAGACCUGGGACGCACUGAAGAACUUUAAGGAGGGCAACGCAUUAUUCACUUUCCCGAACACCCCUGUGAAAUGUGCAGGAGCUCCUCAAAAGAUCAUGUAUCUCUCAGAUGCCUUCCUGAGAAAGACAGGAAAAAGGUCCAAAGCCAAUAUUUUUUUCAACACCUCCUUGCCAGUGCUGUUUGGUGUCAAAAAAUAUGCUGACGCUUUGUGGGAGAUUGUGAAGAAACGGGACCUAAAUGUAAAUCUCAGACAAAACCUAAUCGAGGUCAGGGCGGACGAACAAGAAGCUGUUUUUGAGAAUCUUGAUAAGCCUGGAGAAACAAACGUUAUCAAGUAUGAAAUGCUCCAUGUAACACCUCCGAUGGGACCACCUGCAGUGCUGAAAGGCUCCUCACUGGACGAUGCGGCCGGCUGGUUGGACAUAGAUAAACACACUCUUCAGCAUAAAAAGUAUGCCAAUGUAUUUGGUAUCGGAGAUUGCACCAAUCUGCCCACAUCCAAAACGGCGGCAGCAAUAGCUGCACAGUCUUCUGUGCUUGACCGAACUGUCAGCAGAAUUCUGAAGAAACAGACACCAGACAAGAUGUAUGAUGGCUACACCUCAUGCCCACUGGUCACAAGCUACAACACCGUCAUCUUGGCAGAAUUUGAUUAUGACGGCCAGCCGCUAGAAACCUUUCCUGUGGACCAAAGUAAAGAAAGCAGGAUCAUGUACCACAUGAAAGCCGAUGUCAUGCCUCACCUGUAUUGGCAUGGCCUUCUCAAGGGAGUUUGGGGAGGACCAGGACCAUACCGGACGAUGAUGCAUCUGGGGAUGAAAUAGAGAAAACCAUGGGAACUUUUAUCACAUUAAUGGAACAAAUGCUUAGAUUGUGUCUUAAGGGCCCAGAUAGGAGCUUGUUUAUUUCUAGUAGUCGAUGUCUAAGAGCAUUAAGAGAAGCAUUGUUGUGAAUGCAGUGAUAUUGAAUUGAACCGUUUUGUUUUGAUUUAAAUUGCCUUUAUUAUGCCUAUAUAAUAGCUUUUAGCCUAUGGCAAAUAAUAGCAUGCAUAAAUAACGACCAUUAAAAUCAAUGAUCAUUAAAACGACAUUUUGAAAGUGUUUCAUACUAAUCAUAUAAAAAAUAAAUAAUGGACUUCA